GCCACGAAGCAGUUCAUAGAGUCAUCUAACAAUUACCUAGGAUGGGAAUUUUGAGUACAUUCUAAUAUAUUAUGUUCACAACCUUCCAAAUUCAGACUGUAGAGAUACAGAAGGCCUUGGUGUAACUCCAGAAGGAAGGCAUGGACAGUGGCAACAUCUGUAGGUAGGUAGGACUUGGCACAGAGAAGAAAAAGGACAGAGCCUGCAUAGGAGCCAUGAGGAAGCAUUGAUUCCUAGCCUGGACAUCUUCCCUGGGGCCCCUACUCCAGCUCUCUUGGUACUGCAGUUACCCUUGACACUCCACCAUGUCCUAGGAACUUCUGUAGAUGACAGAGACACUUUCUCUUUGUUUUUGUUGAGACAGAUGGGUGGUUUUCAAAGCACUUGAAGGAAGUCUGCUAGGUUGUUCUGAGCCAGGCUAAAUCUUGGUCUGGGGUCUAGGCUCAGGUUCUGAGAUACCAGGUUCUGAGAUACCUGCUUGCAGGUGACUCUCUUCUCUUUGGUGCUUUCUCUGUUCAAAACAUCCUCUUUCCUCCUGGGAAAGGCAUUCAUUUGGUCUGACCUGGGUGAAGAAUAGGGUCUCAGGACAGCAGUGUUCACUCUAGCAUGGUGCUCAGGCUUUUUGCUUUCAGAAAAAGUACAGUAGGAUGGUGGCCAAACAAACAAUGAGGACAAGAUAACAGCAACAGCCCUUACUGUCUCAGUGUGCUGUCUGGGUGAACUCUGUAACCCUCACAGUUGUCCCUCCAAAUUGAUUAUUGUUCUCUCAUUGCUGAGGAGAAAAUAGAGGCAUUCAGAAGUAAGGUGAUGUAGUUGAGAUCAUUUAUCAGGGCCUGGCUCCAUAAGUCAGAGUUCCCACUCACCAUGUGGUCUCCUUCAUUCUCACGGCUCCUGGCCUUUCUCUACCAUUCUGGCUCUCUGUCUUUUUUUGUAAAAUCAUGCUAAUAUUCCUUUAGAGCCCUACGAAGUGCUUUCUGUGAGACUAUGUAUGCCUCUUUGUGACCCUCAUCCCCUGACCUUUGUGAACCUAGAACCCUUCAGUGUUGUUUGGCAGAGUAACAGCAGGGCUGAGAUGGUGGCCCCAGAAAACACUCAGUGACAGUUCUCCUUUCCAGUCGGUAGCAUCCUUUACAGGACUUCAUCACCAGCUGCCCAGGCCCUUGGCAUCUCAGUCUUAUGGUUAUAUCAUGUAGUUGCAAGCAGAGAGAAGGAAUGAAUUGAGAGCCUGUAUCUAGCACAUACUGCGUUAUUAAAAAAAGGGAUAAAUUAGUAAGUAGCAGAGUUAGGAGAAGUAAUAAAGAUUUAAAUACUGAUAGCUUUUCUUCUAAGAAAAAUGAAUUUGUUUUCUAAAUGCUUUCGUUUCUGUAAACUUGACUGUGGUGCUCUAAAAUAAAGGCAGAGCCCCCCUACCAACACCGCCCCCCCUUAAAAUAAAAGCAGAGCAGUCCCAUCAACACCCCUCCUUUAGUGCUUAUUCCAACGAAGCUCAGUUUCUCCUGAGUGGAUUCUGAGCAAACGUUUAAGAGAUCUCGCUGAGAGGUAUCAUGUGAUGAGACUGCCUGGCCUUUACCUGUUGGGGGCUGGUUCUGCUUUAUCCCUUGUAUCCACUUGUAGUCCCAUUGUUUCUUAAAGCAGAUUGUGCUUUUACCAAAUACAUUUUCAGAGGCAGGAGGAUGGACUCUUGAACUGAGGAUUUUAUUCCUUUGCAUGACUCCUGGAACAGUUUUUCAGAAUGUCUAGUUUUUAUGUGAUGCAUUUAUAGUUUUAAUUUUUUCUCUUUUCUCUCAUGGCAUUUAUUUGAGACAAGAACCUAUUCUCUAGCUUUGGUCUGUCUGGAACUCACUAUAUAUCCCUGGCUACUCUCAAAUUUGUAUCCUUCCUCCUGCCUCAGCUUCCUGAGUGCUGGAAUUUUAGGUGCUUGUCACCAUGCCUAGCCCCAUAGAGUUUUCUUCAAGGUCUUAUUUAGAUUACUAAUGACUAUCCCUUUCCACUGUCCAAACAGCUGACAGAUAAUUAGUAUCAGAGACAAAUGUACCAUGAGCAUUGGAGAGUCAGACAAGAGGGAUUUAGAACAGGUUUUAGUAACAGGGAGGCUUGGUUACUUCUAGAAUGAAAGAGCAAAUAGGGAGAAGGUAGGGCCGCCUUGGAGCUGGUAAAGGCCAGGGAGACAGAAUAGACUGAUUCCCUCUUGUCAGGAGAGUUUCACCAGAAGAGGGGUGUGUGGGCUUCAGGUUUUACAUGGAUAAGCAGGUUUAGAAUUGAUCAAAAGGUGUUUUAUGGGACUCUGUGAAGCACAGGCUCAUGAGGAGGGUGAUGAAUAUUGCUCCUUCAGUUUCAUUGGCUGCCCCUGUUCACUGCCUUCAGGGAGGCUGUGAAUCUGGGUCACAGUGGACAAACACAUCUCUUAGUUGUCUUCCAAUUUCCACCUGGCUCUCCAUGUCCAUCACAGGGAGUCAUGAGGGCAGCUGUCCUGAGAAACGUUCAAGGUAAUAGACAGAUAAACAAACUGAUUACAUAUAAUCGAGUUUACUUAAUAUAUCUUCAGGAAGGAGAUAUAUUAAGAACACAUUACAGAGUGGUGUGUCUUGAGGAGCUAUUAUAAGGCUAAGAUUUGGGCAAACUGAAGAGGGAAGGGAAGGAACUUUAGGUAAAUACAGAACAAAAUGUCGGGGAAGGAACAAGUACAAGCUGUGUAGAGAGCAAUUUGUACUUACGUGAAUAAAAAUGGUAGAAUGAAUGUUAAAAGGUGGAGGUGGUUGAGGACACUGGGGGCAGGGUGAAUGGAGACAGGUGCAGCUUCUGUUGGUUCUAAAGCACCUUGCCACAGAAACUGUGCAAAUGAAACACUCAGGGCCAGAAGCCAUGCCUACACCCUAGCCACCAUCUUCUAGAUGAGCUUUCUCUUGGGAGCUCAGCAAUUCACAAGUUCACAUCUGCCUUUGUGCCUUUGCACACGCUCAAGAAUUCUUUCUGUUCCUUCACUUCCAGCCACUCAUCAGCUAUAGUGGGCACCAUGAUUCACAGCAACAUCACUAUCUUCCACCCUGCAGUUUUCGUGCUCCUUGGCAUUCCUGGGUUAGAGGCUUAUCAUACCUGGUUGUCUGUACCCUUGUGCCUCAUGUAUGUCACUGCGGUCUUUGGGAACAGCAUCCUGAUAGUGGUCAUCAUCACAGAACGGAGCCUGCAUGAACCCAUGUAUUUCUUUCUCUCCAUGCUGGCCAUCACAGAUAUCCUGCUGUCCACUACUACUGUGCCCAAGGCCCUAGCCAUCUUUUGGCUCCAUGCCCACAACAUUGCCUUUGAUGCCUGUGUCACCCAAGUCUUCUUUGUCCACACAAUGUUUGUGGGGGAGUCAGCCAUCCUGUUAGCCAUGGCCUUUGACCGCUUUGUGGCCAUCUGUGCCCCACUGAGAUACACAACGGUGCUGACAUGGCGCAUGGUGGGGAGGAUUGCUCUAGCCAUUGUCAUCAGAAGCGUCUGUAUCAUCUUUCCCGUGAUUUUCUUGCUGAAGCGGCUGCCGUUCUGUCAAACCAACAUCAUCCCCCAUUCCUACUGUGAGCACAUUGGGGUGGCCCGCUUAGCCUGUGCCGACAUCACUGUUAACAUUUGGUACGGCUUCUCAGUGCCCAUCGUCAUGGUCAUCAUGGAUGUGAUCCUCAUUGCUGUGUCUUACUCACUCAUUCUGCGAGCGGUGUUUCGUUUGCCCUCCCAGGAUGCUCGGCGCAAGGCCCUGAGCACUUGUGGGUCUCACCUCUGUGUAAUCCUCAUGUUUUACGUUCCAUCCUUCUUUACUUUACUGACCCACCGCUUUGGGCGGAACAUUCCCCGGCACGUGCAUAUCUUGUUGGCCAAUCUUUAUGUGGUGGUGCCACCAAUGCUGAACCCCAUUGUCUACGGGGUUAAGACUAAGCAAAUCCGGGAGGGUGUAGUCCACUGGUUCUUGGACAUCAAGACUCAGUGUUGUUCCUCUUCUUUGGGUUGAUGGGUCCUUAUGAAUCUUUAUACUCAGCUUUAUCAAGGAAGCUAGCCAAGGAGCAGAGAUUCCUGGAUAGAGAGGACUGUCCUUCUUUUGCUUCAUCCUUGUCCUCUUCCCACUUUUCCAUUUUCUGAUUUGUCUUCCUUAUCUCUUUCUCUUGUUUAAUGUGUGCUACCCACUUCAUACAUUUAUCCUCAAAACUAGAGAUGGUAAACUAAGUGUACAUUUCUCUGAUAUGAGAAUUUGACUUUUUCAGUAAUAGGCUAUAUUCUCUGAUAUGAGAAUUUGACUUUUUCAGUAAUAGGAUAUAUCACAAGAAGUAAGGUUAUAAACAAAUAAAUAUAUUUAAACAUUUAAUAUAUGGAGAGGCUCUGAUAUUUUAAAGUCCCUAAUACUGUUUCUUUAUAUAGAAUCAAGUAAGCUGGGCUUGGUGGUUCAUUCCUGUAAUCCCAUCACUCAGGAAGCUGAGGAAGGAUUGAUCUGGGUUUGAGAAUAACCUGGCUUACAUAGUCAGUUCAAGAGCAACCUGAGUUAUAAAGCAAAAUUUUGUCACAAACAUCAAACCAAAGCUAAUAAAAGUUCUCUACUAUCUUCUAUGGUGUCAGGUGGUUUUUUUUUUUAAGGGCACAUAUGUUUUGCCUUCUGGAAUAUUGUCUCAUUCUUCAAAUUUCAACUCAGGAACUGCCAUCUCAGACAGGUGGUGGUGACACACACCUUUAAUCCCAGCACUCAUGAG